CGGGAACGAGUCUCCGAUAUCUUGAGGAGACAUUCUGUACUCUGUGAAAUCCAAAGAAUUGGCACCUGCUCGCCUUAGCGUAUCAUCAGUAUCAUUCAACUGGUCACUUUGGGAAGACAUAUGAUAGCACGCGUUCUAGAGAAUUUCGAAUGCGACCCCAGUUUCACCGGCAGCAACUUCCGCUAUUCUUUCAAGACAGGUAUCUUUGCACUGCUAGACCCCUGGCUAAAGGCGUUUAGUACCCCAAAGCUACUAUCCUUCAGUCAUCCGCCGUUGAGUUCGGAGCCAGGUGCGUGGACCAUCCAUAGUCGCACACCAAGUAGAAGCUUUCAAAGUCUCUCAACUUUCCCCGCAUAGAUCCUCCUCAUUCACCUUUGCCCUUGCUGUUGAACAUGCUCUCAGUUUAUCAUCGGAGCGAGACCAGCAACCAGGUCAUGGUGCUGGGUUUUCUCGUCGUUAUUUCACUUUACCUGGACGUUACUAUUGUACAACUUGCUCGUUACGCGAAAGAUGUCGUGACCGAUAUCCAAUAUACUCCACCGAGACCACUGGAGUCAUACUCAUUGAUAGGGACUGACUUCCCGCCAGUACUACCUGUCAAAAUGGGUCCGGUCAAAAUUGUCGUAGAAGAGAGUGUUCAUUAUGCUCUCACCGGUCCAGAUUCUGCAGACGAAUACUUAUGGACGGCACCUUACGGUGACAAUCACAUCCGGCUUGGCGAAGACUACCGAGCGUUCGCCAUUCCGAUGUUUCACCAGCUCCAUUGCCUGCGGGGGAUACGUGAAGCCCUUGAUCGUGGGCUUGGAGCCAUCCAUGCUGGGCAGGCAGGACACAUCCACCAUUGCUUCAAUUACAUUCGGCAAUGGACUUUGUGUUCUGCGGAUGUCACUCUCGAGCCGGGUGACUUCACACAGAGAAAUUUCACGGCACAGAGGAUGGGGGCCACAUACCUGUAGAGAUUGGCAACCGUUGUAUGAGAGUGUGAACGAGAGGUGGAUCAAAUGGGAAAAGUGGCGCAAGGCCCAAGGGAUCCCAGAUCACGUCGAAUAGUCAAAACAUGUAUGGAAUGAUUUUCUCUCCGAUACAGGUUUCAGAAGUUCAGUUACGUGAGCGUACUCGUAGCUCUCUGGCUGCAUGUCAUGUUCGUGAUGAAGAUGAAAAAUGGUUGUCGUUGUCGGGAAAGAUGUGGACCGCCACGCUGGCGCCAGUGGAAAUCUAGUGGAAAUCGUGAUUUGUGACAACGUGAAUCUACUAGAUUCACCG